GGAAGACGUGAGAUGUUUCGGCUGAGAUGGCGGCGGGAGCGUCACGUGAAACUGGCGGAGGCCCUGGUAGCAUGGAAGCGGCGGGUGGGGCACAGGAAGCCGAAGAGGUCGAGGAACAAUUAGUUGUGGUAGAAUUGUCCGGAAUAAUCGAUUCAGACUUUCUGGAAAAAUGUGAUAAUAAAUGCAAGAUUUUGGGAAUUGACACAGAGAGACCUAUCUUGCAAAUAGACAGAUAUAUCUUUGCUGGAGAAUAUGAAGAUACUCUUGGAACAUGUGUAGUGUUUGAGGAAAACCAUGAACAUGUAGAUGUGGAAGGCAACCAAAAAUUGCAACUAAAAUAUAAAUGCCACACAAUGAAGAAACUAAACAUGACGAGGACACUUCUGAUUGAGAAAAAGGAAGGGGAAGAAAACAUAGGAGGUGGCAUAGAAUGGCUAGAUCUUAGGGACAAAGACUUCUCAUACAGCAGACCAAACACGAUUUGCAAUUUCUUGCAUGAAAAAGAUGACGAAACAGCUGAAUCCCAGGAUAAGCUGGCAGAAGAGUCUGAGGAAGAAGCCAGUGACAAAGGAAAUGCAGAUUGUAAUUUGGAACCUGGGAUUCCACUUGACAUUGCAAAAGAUGAUGCUGAACCUCAUUUGGAUACUCCAGAUCCCAUCAUAGAGAAUCCUUCCAUAGAGAACAGUCAGAACAUUGCUUCAGAAGAGCCUCUACUUUGAUAUAAGCUGUUUGAGCAACAAUCAAUGUAUAGGAUAAAUUGACUGAUACCUGAUUUGUACAUAUUAUCAGAAAGACUCUGAAUUCGUAUGCAAAUUAUUCUGUAAAAGUUUUGUUAGGAUCACCUUUCUUUUGUGAUAUUGAUCUCAUACAUUUCCCAAGUUCUCUGUAUGUCUAUCAAAGGAAGUGGAAAGUGGAGAGGCUUCUGUUGAACUUGAAAAUCCUUGUUUUGAUUACAGAUUCCUUUCUCUUGCCUUCUCCAAGUUACUUCUUUUGCUUGCUAUCUUGUCUAGUGAAGAAUUCUGGAGAACUCAAGCUUGUUUCCUAUUUUGUGAUUUUGAUACAAUAAAAGAUGCAACUGUAA